UUACCCCUGAUUGAAUUGGUUAUUUUAUUUUGAUUUGAUUUAUGCUUUCAUUUUCGUUUUGUUUGAUUUUACUUCCCCCAUUUCUUGUUUUGAUAUGACUCUCAUCAUCAGAGCACCAGUGUUUAAUAGGCUUAAACUGUCUCUACCUCUCUUUGUAUUAGUCUUCAUUCUGCUGCCCGUCUCUUAGUGUUCAAAAUGCACUAUUCUAGAACACUCUCAUUCUGUUUGUUUCCAGUUGUGGGGGGGUAUUUAGUUUCACUUCCCCUUUUUUGUUGCAUUGCACUUUAUUCGUCCAGUCUCGUUAUGUUUUCACUGGAAUGCAUAAUGCUAGUUUUGACCUCACAUUGUUCCUAAAGACUGUGAUUGUUGGGAAGGCAAAGGAUUGAGAUUUGACUUUGGGCCUGAUUUUGGGAUUCCCCCUUACCUUUAAGGGAAAAUGAUCAGACAUACUCUAACCACGCAGGUAAUUGAUCUUCAAAUUAUGCCAUAAUUAGACUACACCAAUUAUCUGUUAAUUAUGACAAGAAAAAGUUUCAAACAUUCCCCGUUUUAAUUACAAUACCAGAUAUUUGAAUACCUUCAUGUUAAGUCAGAUAUCUAAUACAUAUAGUUGUAAUUUUUUAUAGAGAUUUUCUAUAUUUGACUGUUUAGAAAAGCUCUAGUGCUCCCAAGUGGUAGGGUGAAUCCCACAGUGCACUUUUCUGUAAGGUAUGGUGGGGGCUGGAGUCCCAUCAGGCCUUUAUUGUUCCGCACACGCUCCUUUAUCAUUUCAUUACUGGAACAAUUAUACCACUGGGCUGAAACUCCUGUCUCUCUCUCUCUCUCUACCACAAAUUAGACAGUCUAAGGUUUCCAAAUCAUGUGCGUCUUUUUCUACUCAAGGGCUAGGAAUUAAUGAGUCAUCUGUGGUGACACAAACAUAGUUUUCUCAAAAUGUCUGGCUUCAUACUACUGGUUCCUUAAUUAUUUUUAAUUUUGUGAAAUAUAAAAUACUUAAUUAAUUCUACUGGUAGUUCAACAGGGUAACAAUGGUAAUUAUAUUUUCCACUAAGUUUUGCAAACCUAUCAGCGUUUUUAUACUUGGCUUAUUUACCAUUGUACCGAUAACACUAUGUUGAUAGUAUAAGGAGAUUCCCAUAAUGUGACAGGGCUUUCUGCAUCUCUAGUAGCUGUGGAUAAUCAGAACUCAUGCUAAUUCCUAGCCCUUUUGCGGCAUUAUUUAAUUUAAUGUAGAAAUUACUAUUCACAUAUGUGCUGUAUCAUGUCAUAUAAUUUGUGCUACUCACAAGUGUGUUCCCUGUUGCCUUUUGUCAUUAUCACAUCAGCCCAAGGGUAUGAACUGACCCUGCUUUUAAAACUUAAUCGAACCAGCUCCCCCCCACGCACACACAAAAGAAUAAAUACAAUUUGACAAAAAAGAAGACUGACAGAAUUUACUGAAAUCCAAAUAAUUAAUUGGAGAGUGAUUAACUGACCAUGGUGAUCUCCAUGCAACCGCAAAUUCUUGUGCCUCUUUCUCCUUUAUUUGAGACCCCCACCCACCUUUUUCUGUCUCCGUGUCUGAAUGUUUGCCACCCCCCCACCCCAUCCCCACACUCCCAGGUAAGUACAUCCUUUACCCAACCCUGCACCACGGCAACCUCUGGCCUUUUUUUUACAUCACUGCUGCUGUAGCUCAGUGCUUGUGUCCUUAUUCUCUCUUUUCUCUUUGUCUCCCUCCCUGUCUGUCUCUCUCUCUCUUUGCUUCGUUUGGCUGGUUAUGAGUGGAUUAAGCAAUUAUGUGUCAAUAUUCAGUGUAGUUUUGUCUUUUUUUUUUUUUCUUUUUUUUUUUUUGUAUCAUUCUGAUUUGUUCAUUUGUUCUGAUGUUACUUUUCCUCUGAUCUAGGUCUUUUCACAGCUUGUGUAUAUAUAUAUAUUUAAAAAAAAAAUAUGACAGGCUAUUUAUAUCAGUAAAACAAUAAUAUCAUGGGGGACAUAAACCUUCAUUUGCAUCUAGGUGGACCUGCAGGGGUUUAAACUGCAUAUGGUCUAAGAGUCUGAAGAGGAUAAUGGAUAUGUAAGACAUACAGGAAGGACAUGCUGUGGAUCAGGAAGUCAUUGUUGUCGCAGCACUGCGAAAUGAUGCAGUAAAUACUAAUUACUCCUCCCUCUCUUAAACACACCCUCUGGCAACCCACAUGCUUCCUGCCCUGAGUUAAGAACAUGAGUUGGACGGAACUGCAUUGUGAUAGGACGGACUGACCCUGUGCCCAUCGUCCUCAAAUAUGAUGUCAUGGGAAUGGGGCGCAUGGAGAUGGAGCUGGACUAUGCAGAAGAUGCCACAGAGAAGCGCCGGGUGUUGGAGAUAGAAAAAGAAGACACAGAGGAACUGCGCCAAAAAUACAAGGAUUAUGCGGAAAAGGAGAAAGCCAUAGCCAAAGCUCUGGAGGAUCUGAGGGCCAACUUCUACUGUGAGCUGUGUGAUAAGCAAUAUCAGAAACAUCAGGAGUUUGACAAUCACAUCAAUUCCUAUGACCAUGCACACAAACAGAGACUAAAGGAGUUGAAGCAGAGAGAGUUUGCUCGGAAUGUGUCGUCUCGUUCUAGAAAGGAUGGCAAGAAACAGGAGAAGAUGCUGCGCCGUCUUCAUGAAUUGGCAGAACAAAGGAAGCAGCAAGAUCAUGUCGCUGGUAGUGGCCCUAUGUUUAAACCCACCACAGUGACAGUAGGUGGUGAGAAGGAAGAAGACUCCAUGGAUGGUGUGCCUAUGACAAUUGAUUCCAACACAGAAACUAGUGAAGAUAAAGGAGUCUGUGGUGUUGGUGGUCAAGGCUCCCCUAGAACAUCCCCUACUAUCAGCUUUGGCUUCAACAAAACUAGCUCUUCCCCAACACCCUGUGGAGGCUCACAGGCUCCCAAAGUCAGUGUCUCUUUCUCCUUUGCCAAAAAAGCCCCCGUCAAACUUGAGACAGCUGCAGCUGUCUUUGCAGACCAUGUUGAGGAGUCAAUGGAGGGAGAAGAAGGUCAGGAAGAGGAAGGAGAAAAGACAGAAGGAGAAGAAAGAGCUGUGGCAUCUAACACUGAUAGCCCACAAGGUACAGCAGGAGGUGGGUGCGAAGGAGGAGGUGGCAGUGGUGAGGAUGAACAGUCACAACCAGAUGAUGGAGAAACCCUCGCCUCCACCUUGAAUAAGCUAAAGAUGAUGAUGAAAAAGGAGGAAGGUUACUCUGGACAGGAACCACAGUAUUACCAUUAUGUACCUCCUGCACACUGUCGGGUCAAGCCCCAUUUCCAGUUUCUGCUUUUCAUGAAGGCCUCAGACCAGUGUGCCAGUAAGGAAGAAGAGGAUGGUGAGAUAGAUGAGAAGGCAGCAGCAGGUGAAAAUGGAGAGCAAACACAUCUAAAAGUCAGCAGUAAAUCUGAAAAAGGGACUGAGAAUGAACGUAUAGAAGAGCAAAACACAAAUCCUUCUCCCACAUCAACCAAAAUGAAGACAGAGGAAGAAUCGUGUAGUACCCCAGCGGGGCAAAGUAAUACAGCAGUUUUAGAUAUCUCUUCUCAACCAGCUGAUACCAAGCAAGGAAUGUCUGAGUCUGCAGACACAGGUCCUCGCAUGCCAUCUGGGCCUUUCUUUCCUGUGCUUAGUAAGGAUGAAAGCACCACCUUGCAGUGGCCUUCUGAAUUGCUGGAGUUCACUAAGGCUCAGCCAUCUCUCUCCUACAGUUGUAAUCCUCUCUACUUUGACUUCAAGCUGUCAAGAAACAAAGGAAACUGGGCAGGCAAAAACAGCAAACCUGCCAAGCCAGUUAGCACUGAUGGAGGAGAGGGAUCUAAGUCUGACAACAUGGAUACUACUCCUGCCACUAUUGGAGAGACUUGCACUGCCACAAUGGUAGCAGGACCAAAUACUGAUCAAAAGGAACAUACAUCCUUAAAAGAGGAGGGUGCUGAAAAUGAGAACAAAGAACAGAAAUUACCAAGUAGUGAAGAUGUGUCUGGAGGGUCUAAGAAAAAGAAAAAGAAGAAGAAACACAAGAAAUCAAGCAAGCAUUCUAAAUGCAGUGAAAAAGAAAAAGCAGCAGUGGAGGGGGAGUUAGAGAAUGAGAUGCCAGGAGAGAAAACUAAAAAGAAAAAAAAGCAUAAAAGAAAGAAAAGCAAAAAUAAACCACUUGAUGCUGAGGAAAAUGAAGAAGAGGGAGUUGACCAUAAGGAAAAAGAGAAAGACAAGGGGGUCAAAGAUGGAGUGUCCUCUGCCCAGUCAUUGGUAGUAACAGUUUCCCAUGAGGGAGGAAAGAGAAAACGAUCCCACAAGAUUUCACAGUGUUCUGGAAUUGAGGAAAGCAGUGCAGAAAAGCCCAGCUCUGCAGAGGAGCGCAAUGUUUCUAAACGCCUUAAAUCUGACCCCAGCGCACCUGCUGCCUCUUGUUCUGCCUCAGCCCGGAAGAGCUUAAGUGGAGGUCAACCUCCCAGCAGUGACAGUGAGGAGGAUGGAGGAUCAUCCUCUCAGCGUUCCCGACCAGCUCGCCAUUGCUCCACACCGCCACGUGAGCAGCGCAGACACCACAGUGAUGAUUCUGGACGAUCAGGACAUUCACGUAGUAGAUCAUCUCGUGGAGGCGACCGUAACCAUAGACGCCACAGAGGUCAGAAGUCACGCAGUCGAUCCUAUUCAAGUAGCUCCGAGCAUUCCUCUGCAAGGAGCAGUGCUUACAGCCACCGUAGUCAUAGCUACUCAGACAGUUAUAGUGACUAUAGUGAUAAAGAACAUCGCCACAGAUCAAGAAGACCUUCUUCAGAUUCAGACUAUGAGAGGCGUGAUAGUGGCCGGUCUCACAGACGGAACUACUCCUCAUCUUCCUCUGAGGACUCUCGUUCCCGCUCACGCUCACAUAGCCGCAGGAAACAUCAUAGGCGGAGACACCAACGGAGUAGUAGCCGCAGCUCUAGUCGCAGUAGUAGGAGCAGCAGCGCUCGCUCCUAUAGACGCAGUAGUUAUAGUCGCAGCCGUAGCUCUGUUAGUCGUUCAUCUAGCUCCACUAAGGGAUCUCCACUUCGACACGGUCACAACCGCCGAUCUGACAGUGCCACACAACGACGUGAUUUCAACCGGUCACGCAUUUACCGUUCCCAGUCUCCAAGGUCCUCUUCCCGCACACAGACCCGAAACAGCAACUCUUCAUCUGCACAAGGAACUAGAGGUAGUGGUGGAGCUGCCUCAAAGGAGGACGGAGUUGCUGCAGAACAUAGAAAUUCAUUCACUGCUCGACAGCUACUGGAGAAAAUCCAAUCUCGAAAAGGAGGGGAUGAGUCUGGAACUGGCACCAAGCCAGGCAUUAAGAUCAAGGACCCUCCACAAGGAUACUUUGGGCCCAAGCUCCCCCCUGUCCUUGGAAACAAAAGUAUUUUGCCCCUCUUUGGUAAAUUCCAGGCUGGAAAGAAACUGCCAUUAUUUUCUCUUACACGUUUAAUUGAAGGUGAAAAGUCAGAGCAGGGGAAAAAUUCUGAUAGUAGUGAAGUGAUCUUGGUAGAACCCAUUCGUGAGUUUCCCCCUCCUCCUCCUCCACCCCAGCCACCAGUCCAACAACAGCAACAACAAAAGCUGCAGUUAGAGGAGGCUGUACCAAAUGCUGUAGUGACCGAGGAGACCAGACAUCCAGCCUCAGACCCACAGGUCUUUCAUGAGUCUCAGCAACAAUAUGAGCAUGAUCCGGCUAUGAUGAUGCCACAAUACCAAGGUGAGGCAAGGCAAGACCCCAGUAAUCCCAUGUUGGAUGGACAUCUGAUGGGGCCUGAUAUGGGUCCACAGAGUACUAUGCAUGCCUAUGCUGGUUACCCUGCACCCACUAUGGAGGAUGGGGAAAUAGGCAUGGAAGCUGAAGAAGAUGGACUUGCACCUUUAGAAAGUCAACCAAUCACCUUUACCCCAGAGGAAGUGGAAAAGUACAGCAAGUUGCAGCAAGCAGCUCAACAGCACAUUCAACAGCAGCUAUUAGCCAAGCAGGUGAAGAGCUUCCCUUCAGCUGCAGCUGCUGCAGCAGCAGCUAACUUGGCAGCAGCUGCUAACCUUGCCCCUGCACCUCCGCCUCCACCAGCUGCAUUGCAGCCUAUUCACAUCCAGCAACCCACAGUUUCUGCAGCAUCUGCUACCUCCCUUACCACAAUGCAGCAUGCCAUCCUGCAGCAUCAUGCUGCUGCUAUGGGCAUUCAUCCCCAUACCCCACACCAUCAUCACCCUGCACAUGCCCAACUUGCCCAGAUUCACCAUAUCCCUCAACAUCAUCUAACCCCUAUCUCCUUGUCACCAUUGGGCCAUUCCUUAGGCCAUUCAUUGGGUCACUCUUUAGGACACACAGGCCUGAUUCCAUCUCACCACACUGCCUUUUUGUCAGGCCAACCAAUACAUAUUAUACCAGCCUCUGCGCUCCAUCACACCCCUUUUGCUCUACACCAUGUCCCCCAUGCUGCCCUCUACCCAACUCUCUUUACCCAUCGGCCAGCCACUGCAGCAGCAGCGGCUGCCCUGCAACUACACCCCCUUCUUCACCCUAUCUUCUCAGGGCAGGACCUCCAACACCCUCCAAACCAUGGCUCCUGAAAAUUGCAUCCCGCUCUUCAUAUAAAGAGGACCAGGCCCAGUAGUGUGAAAGGGUAAAGAGUUUUAGCCAGUGGGUGGCAUGCUAUGACUACCCAAAAUCCUCUGUCCUCUACGUACUCUGCUACCGUAAGGGGAUCUCAGUAGGAAAGUUUAUGGGUAUAUUUAAAGAAUAAGAGUAAGAUCAUCUCGGCUGCCUUUUGAGAUUGUAAUGUGAUGGAAAUCAUGUGAAAUUAGGACCAGGAGCUUGGUUGGCAGUUAGUGGUAUAUCAUAUACAGUAAAUUCCCUCAAGGAGUAUGGUACCAAUGCAAGGGUUGAUUUAUAGGUGAAGGACCUGGAUCUUACAACUAUAUAAAGGACAAGAAACCACUGGCAUAUCUUUUGUUUUCUAUGGUAUGUCAUUUUUGUUCAUUGUCUGAUGUGUAUCCAGAGGAUGGCUGUAGGCCAUGGGCAGUUUUAGAGGGUCAUAGGGGAAAAUGUUUUUCUGUGUACUAAACAUUCUUGAGAGUUUAUGAAUUAACGCAUUGUAUGAAUAUGCAAAGAUACACUUGUGCCUGGUUCUCAAAAACCAGGCUGUGAUGAAUUUGACGAUUGGCCCACUGCAAGGUUAACAUAGUAUUUGGUCAUUUUUAGCUCAUACCAGUUAUCAUUAGAGUACCAUACCAUGGUGCCACAAAACCUGAACAAGAUUAAAAGCCAUACUUGGCAUUCAACUAUGUAAACCUAUUUUUUUUCUAGUUGGUUUAUAAAUUAUCUGAAAAUAGUGAAUGGAAUAUAGACAUCACAAAUGUAGAUGUCACACAUUUUUAUAAUGUCACAGGCUGUUGAAACUGCAUACUAGGUUACACUUUGGAAUUUGAGGGUUCACAUCACUCGUUUAUAAAAUUGUGAAAUAUUGCACUGAAAAAAUGUACAGAUGCUGUUUUUGCAUCUUGUAACAACUGUAUGAUUGUGUUCUGCAAUAAUUUUAUUUUCUAUUUUAUUUUAAAUUAUUUUCAGUGUUUGUUUCUUUUUUGGAAAAUGUUUUGGUUGUCUUUCUGUACAAUUAGUUCAGUGUAAAUAAACUUGUAGUAAAACGAUAAUGUAAAAUAAAGGUUGAUAACACCUGUUUAAAAAUGCUAAUAAAAAGAAUAAUGAAAUGAAAAUGGAAAAAAAAGUAUAUCAUAAACAUGAUCAGGGCUGGUAUUACAGAGGUCAGGGGAGUCUUUGGAAAGUGGAGGGACUGCAGAAUGUUGUACAACUUUUGGUGACAUUAAUUGUACUGUAAAUUGCAGCAAUGACAUUAGCUUUUUUAAGUCCUUCUUGAUGCAUCAGCAAAUAAAACUGAGUUGUAAUCA